AUGGAUUCAAGAUUUUCCUCUCCCCAGUGGCUGUGCAAAGGAAUGAAAGGUCUGCAUCAAGCUGAGGUGGAGGGGUUGCAGGUCACCGUGCCUGAGAAGAAGAAGGUGGCCAUGUUGUUUCAGCCUGCUCUGCUUCGCUGCCAUUUCUCUACUUCUUCCACCCAACCAGCUGUGGUGCAGUGGAGGUUUAAAUCUUACUGCCAGGACCGGAUGGGAGAAGCUUUGGGCAUGGCGACUUCUGGUUUACAAACAAUGAGCAAGAGGAACCUGGACUGGGAUCCCUACUUGGACUGUGUGGACAGCAGGAGGACAGUCCGCGUCGUGGCCUCCAAACAAGGAUCUGCCAUCACUAUAGGGGACUUCUAUAAGGAAAGAGAUGUCAGCAUUGUCCACGAUGCAGAUCUUCAGAUUGGGAAGUUGAUGUGGGGAGACAGUGGGCUCUAUUACUGCCUUAUUAUCACACCGGAUGAUGUGGAGGGCAAGAAUGAAGAAUCGGUGGAGCUGCUUGUGCUCGGCAGGACAGGGCUGCUUGCUGAUCUCUUGCCCAGUUUUGCUGUGGAGAUUAUGCCAGAGUGGGUCUUUGUGGGCCUGGUGAUCCUUGGGGCGUUCCUGUUCUUCCUCCUGGUGGGGAUCUGCUGGUGCCAGUGCUGCCCACACAGCUGCUGCUGUUACGUCCGCUGCCCCUGCUGUCCUGAGUCCUGCUGCUGUCCCCGGGCAUUGUAUGUAGCAGGCAAGGCAGCAAAAGCUGGGUACCCUCCUGCAGUCUCCUCCAUGCCAGGUCCAUACUACAUCCCCAGUGUUCCUGUAGCUGGUGUCCCGUCUCCUGCUGUGCUGAUGGAUAAGUCUCAUCCCCCUCCGUUAGCGCCAGGUGACUCCAGUGGAGGAAGCCAAAAUG